AUGGACAUCGAGAAACAACCAGCGGAGGCCAUCCGCGAACCUGAAGGACUUCAUUCCACCCAUCCUCGCCUUUCCCAUAGGCAUCAUCAUAGCCGUCGUUCGAAGUUUCGAAGGCUGUUGGUCCUCUGCGUGCUUGGUUUCUCCACUUAUCAUUUCUAUAAAGCACACCAUAGCAGUUCUUCGUCGUCUGUGGAGACAGCAUCUGGAUCGCACGACGAAGAUCAAGGUCUCCUCUACCACAACAGUUUAGCUAAAGCCAAGCCUUCUAUCACCGAACGCAU